AUGGACAAAACGGAUUUUCGUUUCAUGGACUUUAAAGAAGUUGUUGAAAACCUGAUUGUAAGAGAUAAUUCACCUAGCAUACCUGAGGCAAUUGAAAGACUCUUCAAUGACAUAGGAAAUAUCAACAGGGAUUCUAUGGCUGAAAUACAGGAUGCUCAGGUUGAAGAAAUGGCAGUAAACCUAUGGAACUGGGCAGUUACCAAGAGAGUAGGUUCAGUUAUAAGUGAAGAGCAGAAAGCUAAAUUACGGCAUGUUGCUUGCAAGUUGGUGUGUAUGUGUGAAGGCUCAACUGCUUCAGAAGAUGCUAUUCGAAGACAGAUUUUGACUGGAUAUCUUCAUAUUCUCUGUUACAACUUUGGAAUAGAAGCCUACAAGCAGUAUAAAUAUGAUGAAAGUUCUUUCUGGCUUAGCCAAAGCUAUGAUAUUGGGAAGAUGGAUAAGAAUACUAUUGGGCCAGAAAUGCUGGCUAAAGUUCUUCGGUUACUAGCCACUGCUUAUUUGGAUUGGAAUGACAGAGAAUAUUGUGAUAAGGCUCUCCAUGCUGUAAACCUAGCAAACAAGGAACAUUUAAAUCCAGCUGGGAUUUUCCUAAAGAUGAAAAUCCUCUUGAAGAGUGAAACAGCCAAUGAAGAACUCCAUGAAGCUGUCAUGGAAAUACUACAUCUUGACAUGUCUCUAGACUUUUGUCUGAACGUUGCUAAACUGCUGAUGGAUCAUGAAAGAGAAUUUGUUGGGUUUGAUUUAAUGAAGAUUAUCUGUGAGCGUUUUAAGUCAUCAGAAGAUAUUGGAAAAGCUCUACUGCUCCACAUUGACAUGCUUUUACAAAGAAAGGAAGAACUGCUUGCCAAGGAGAAGAUUGAAGAAAUCAUUAUAGGUCACCGAAGAGGAAGAAAACUGAAACCAGAAUUAGUGAGCUGUUUUCACAACAUUCUGUGGCAGAAAGCUGCCAGAAGUUUUGAGGUACAAAAUUAUGCUGAAGCCCUAAACUGGUACCAUUAUUCUCUGAGAUUUUAUGCAAUCGAUAAAACGGAUCUGGACUUGGCCAAGCUGCAGAGGAAUAUGGCUUCCUGUUACCUGCAUUUGAAACAACUUGAUAAGGCUAAAGCAUCAGUGAGAGAAGCUGAACGACGUGAUCCUACAAAUAUUUUCACUCAGUUUUAUAUAUUCAAGAUUGCGGUUUUAGAGCAAAACUCUACCAGAGCUUUGCAGGCAAUUAAUACAUUAGAGAAGUUAAUAACAGGUGUAGUACCAAAAGAGAAUGCGCUACGUAUGGACAAAGAUUCACCUGUCACGCUUCUCAGUUUAGUUGCCCAAUUUGCUCUAGAGAAUGGACAACAAAUUGUGGCAGGAAAAGCUUUGGAAUAUUUAGCUCAAUAUUCAGAAGACCCACAACAAGUCCUUUUGGCUUUAAAGUGUUUGUUUUGUCUGGCUCUUCCAAAAGUUUCUCAGAUGUCAGAAUCUGAAAGCAGGAAGAAAGAAAUGGAUCGACUUUUGGCUUGCUUGAAUAAAGCAGUCCUGAAAAUUGCUCAUUCUUUUCAUGACGGGAACUCGACUGAAGACUCAACGGUUAAUGAAGCUCAGUGGUUUCGAAAAAUAGCUUGGAAUUUGGCUGUGCAGUGCAACAAAGACCCAGUGACAAUGAGAGAGUUUUUCAUCCUUUCUUACAAGCUGUCCCGGUUUUGUCCUUCUGAUCAAGUAAUUCUGAUUGCACAGAAAACAUGUUUACUUAUGGCAGCUGCAGUUGAUCUAGAGCAAGGGAGAAAAGCUUCAACAACUUCUGAACAGACCCAGCUACUGAAUCAUGCACUUGAGGAGAUAAAUGAAUGCAAACACAUCUGGAAUAUUCUGAAAGAAACAGGGAACUUCUCAGGUGAUCCAUGUGAGACACUGCUUCUGCUGUAUGAGUUUGAAGUUAAAGCCAAAAUGAAUGAUCCAUUACUUGACAGUUUCCUGGAAUCACUGUGGGAACUGCCUCAUUUGGAAAGUAAAACAUUUGAAACAAUUGCCUUGUUAGCAGUGGAAAAGCCUGCACACUAUCCUUCCAUUGCUCUGAAGGCCUUGAAUAGGGCUUUAUUGCUCUACAAAAAGAAACAAUCAAUUGAUGCUGUGAAAUACAGCAAAUGUGUGCGAAACUUGAUUAACCUCUUGGUGCCAGAUGGGGUGCCAAGUACAGAACUCUGUCCCCCAGAAGAAAUUUGGGGUUAUUUUGAAGAUGCUCUGAGCUUUAUUAGCCACACCGAAGACUACCCAGAAUCAGAGACUCUCUGGCUGAUGGUCAAGUCCUGGAAUAUUGGGAUAUAUAUGUACGGCGGAAAGAAGUAUGUAUCUGCAGAAAAGUGGUGUGACCUUUCACUGCGUUUUCUUGACCACCUUGGCUCCCUCAAGAGAAACUAUGAAACUCAGAUGAAUACUCUGUAUGGCGAGCUGGUGGAAGCAUUAAGCAAAAGCAAGGGCUCAGUUUUCAACGAAGAGUGA